AUGGAGGAGUUUUACAUAGAAUUUAAAUCAGAACUGAGAGAUCUCAUUGAAAAACAGUUAAAACCGGCUAUUCAAGACUUUAAUCCAUCCGAAUUAUCAUCUUUCAAUACAGCGUGCAGUAACAGAGGUAACGUGAAGCUGCCGAAAAUAUCCAUACCAGUUUUCUCAGGAAGAUAUACAGAGUGGAUGACAUUUCGGGAUCUCUUUAUUUCAUUAGUUCAUAACAAUAGUGCCAUUGACGACGUGCAGAAACUACAUUAUUUAAAGGGAAGUAUCACUGGGGAGGCCGAGCAACUGCUACGUCAUAUUCCAAUUACUAAUGAAAAUUACUCGCAAUGUUGGUCGAUGUUAGAGAACCGGUAUGACAAUAAACAAUAUUUGGUGAACUGCAUAUUAAAUGGAUUUUUUAGUAAAAAGAAGAUACUGAUGGAAUCUGCCUCUGCAAUAAAGGAUUUAUUAGACAGUACAUUGGACAUGCUAAAUGGAAUAAAGAGCUUGGGUGUUGAUACGGAUUCUUGGGAUAUUUUAAUAAUAUAUAUUGUUAGCUUAAAGUUAGAUCACGAGUCCCGCAAACAAUGGGAAUCCUUAGUUAGUGAAUUAUCAGCUCAAUCUAACAAAUUGCCAAAUUUAAAAUUGUUUAAAGAGUUCCUAGAAAAAAGAUUCCAUUCCUUAGAAUUUUUAGAUCCCAAAAUUACUGACUUCAAUAAAAAUAAAGAAUUAUAUAGAAAUCAGACUAUUCCAGGUCCCUCAAAAAUUGUAACAAUGUUUGGAAAGGAGAUAGUAUGUAUAUUUUGUAAGGGUGACCAUAAACUAAGUAGUUGUAAAGAUUUUUCCUCUUUAGAAUAUAAUGAUAAACGCGAAUUUGUCCAAGGUAAUAAUGUAUGUUUUAACUGUUUGACACCAAGACAUUCAGCUAAAUAUUGUCGUAGUACUAUAUGUUGUAAAAUUUGUAGUAGGCGGCAUCAUUCUCUUUUACAUCCAAAAAUUACUACUAUGGUAGCGCAAGAAGCAAAUAUUACAGUUCGGGAGCCAUGUGAAGUAGCAAAUUCUCCAAGUAACGUAUCGUUGCCACAUUCAUCAGAUGAAGGUGAGUUGCACAUAAAUAGUCAUUUUUCAAAAGGAACUUUACCACAUGUUUUGUUGGCUACGGCUUUAGUAGACACAUUUUCAAAUAAGCAUCAAGUGCAAACGCUUCGCGCCCUAAUUGACCAAGGGUCGCAAGCGUCUUUUGUAACUGAAGCGGUAGUGCAAUUACUGGGUUUGAAAAAGACAUCAAUUUCAGGUACAAUAACUGGAUUAGGUAAUGGAAGGUGCAUUAAAUCACGAGCUAUGGUUUCUUUAAUGAUACGUUCGCGAAUUGAUCCUGAGUGUAACAUCGAAAUUAAAGCUUAUGUACUGAGCAAGAUUACGUCACUUCUUCCAUCUAAUCAUGUCGAAUUGAUGUCAUGGCCCGAUUUAAAGGUAUUAGAGUUAGCCGAUCCAGAAUAUUAUAUACCUAACAGAAUUGAUAUUCUUUUGGGUGCUGAUGUCUAUGGAAACAUUAUUUUGGAGGGACUUAAAAAAUCGCCAUCAGGCUCUACAGUUGCUCAAAAUACUGAGUUGGGUUGGAUAAUCAGCGGAAUAGUACAAUCAAAGGUAUCGUUGUCUUGUGAAGUUACAAGUAUGCAUGCUCAACUAGAUAAUAUGUUGAAGUCUUUUUGGGAGUUAGAGUCAGAACCCGUAAACUUUAAGAAAAUAAUGACAGAAGAGGAAAAUAAAUGUGAGGAAAUUUUUGAAGCAACCACAAAAAGGGAUGAGACAGGUCGAUUUAUCGUGAAACUUCCAUUUCGUAACACCGAUCCAUCCUGUCAGUACGGAGACUCCAGAUCAAUAGCAUUAAAAAGAUUUUUGGUUUUGGAAAAGAAGUUACAACAUUACCCGUACUUAAAAGAAGAAUAUGAAAAAAUUUUUAAAGAAUAUUUGGAAUUAGAUCAUAUGCGAUUAGUUUCAGAAAAUGAUAUUGAGCGCAAGGUUUAUUUGCCACACCACGCAGUAGUGAGAGAAGAUAAAGAUACCACCAAAGUAAGAAUUGUUUUCGAUGCAUCUUGUAAAGACUCAAAGGGCAGAUCUUUGAAUAAUGAUUUAAUGGUAGGUCCAACUUUACAACUGGAGUUACGACACCUUCUAAUGAUGGCGAAGACAUCCUAUAUGCCUUUGCGCAGAUAUAGUUAA